GGUCCCAAUGUCAAGCAUUCGAUGUUUAUGUCAGGGAUCUUGGAUGAAUAAAAAAGGAUGCCUGCCACAUCAAACGCACUAACUAGAUUGGCGAGAAUGUAAACAAAAACAACAACAAAAAAGAAUCCUACUCAUAUAUAUUCAAAUUGCUGCACAUGAGCUAGUGAAGCUGAGAUGACAUGGCAUUUGGGAAUUGAAGGCAGGUUUCCUGCAUCUGAGGGAGGAUUCUUGGAACAGCCACCCACUGCACUGGCACUUGGGGUCGAUAUCGAGGGAGGGGCUUCUGAACUUGAAGCUGUGGCUGGAGGAGCCAUCUUUGCAUAGGAAAGGACCCUACUUCAGUGGGUCUGACCAAAGUGGAAGAAUGAAGCGACUUUUUUUUGUGGAGCCAGUUGUUGCCAUUUAUGCCUUUGCUUAUUUCAUGGCAUCUCCACUGCUGCAGCAGUUUGUCUACCGCCGCCUGUGGGAGGAGUUGACUAACUCCAGUUAUCCAGGCAGUGAGAAUUCUUCUGACUGCACUCCCAACAAGAGCAACGUAACCAGUGGGCAGGAGGUUGUGCAGAAGGCAGCUUCCAUAUUUUUCCUGUACACUGAUUUGUUUUCACUGAUCCCAAGCCUGUUGGUUACCUUGAUCCUGGUGGCACGCAGCGAUCGUCGGGGACGGAAGAUGACUAUACUGCUUCCUCUCAUCGGAGCUACUGUCUCCUCCCUAGCAUACUUUUUUGUGUCUUUCUUUACUUUGAAUCUGUACUUACUUUUAGUAGCUUCCUUCGUAAGCUCACUCUUUGGUGGAUUUGGAACGCUUUUGGGAGGUUGUUUCUCAUAUGUGGCUGACUUGUGUGAUAAUGCCAAGCAAAAAAAUAUUCGUAUGGCUCUGGUUGACAUGGUUAUUGGUCUGCUAUCUGGGAUAGCUUCUCUGUCCACUGGCUACUUUUUAAGGGAAAUGGGUUUUAAUUGGCCAUUUCUAACGACAGCUGUGCUUCACUGCCUUAAUAUUAUAUAUGUUAUCUUCUUCCUGGAAGAGACCGUCAAGACACCUGCUAUCAGCCACCUACAAGGGCCUGAUCCAAGCCCUUUGAAACAGCUGUUUUUUGGAGUGUAUCUGCUCUUUGCAGCAUCCAGUGCCAAAAGAAACACCAUUUUUAUCAUUUUGCUGUUAGCUUUCUCAUUUUAUAAUUUCGCAAACAUUGGCGGCCUGUCUAUUUUCAUUCUUUACGAAUUGAAUACUCCUUUAUGCUGGAGUGAAAUCCUAAUUGGGUAUGGCUCUGCUCUUUCCACAUUAAUUUUCUUGACCAGUUUUGCUGGUGUUUCCUUGUUGUCUUUCUGCCUCGAUGACAUUUACAUUGUGUUAAUUGGACUCCUGUCGGUCAUGUCAGGAAUGUUAAUGACUGCAUUUGCCAAAACCACACUGCUGAUGUUUCUAGUGAGAUUACCUUUACUUUUUGCCGUUAUGCCUGCUCCGGUGUUACGCUCCAUGAUGUCAAAGAUUGUUUUGGAUUCUGAACAGGGAGCACUGUUCGCCUGCAUUGCCUUUGUGGAAAAUUUAAGCGGCACUGUGUCGUUUGCUGUUUUUAACAGCAUUUAUGCGGCCACUGUCUCCUCGUUCUCUGGCUUCAGCUUCCUUCUGGCAGCAGGUCUGAGCCUGAUUCCAUUGGGCUUAAUGGGCAUCAUGUUCUUUUUGAGACCUCAAGUGACCCAGGAAACUCAGGGGCUUGUAACUGAAGAUGGACUCGACGAAGGAAAUGAAUAAGCAGAUCCAGUGUGUAUUUACCUUUGGGGGGGAGUCUUGUGAUUUUGUUUGUCUUGGCAGAACAUGCUGCCAAAAAUCAACUUCAUAACUCUAUAUGUACUGAAAAGAGAAUUUAAAACAACCUACAGCAGUAAAUCAAACAACAAUUUUGGAAUUAUGCAACAAAAGCACUUACAUUUUUGUGUAUUUCAUACAAAACACAGGAAAAAAAGAUUUGCAUGUUCAGUUAAAGCACGUUUAUCAACAUCUAAUUGAAAAAAAAAAAACUAUGCAAUUUACUUGUCCUUGUGAACCAGGUUUGGAAGUUCAGCUUGUUCUUCCUUUGGUGUUAUAACAAAUUACAAAUUACAAUGUUGCUGUAUUUAAAGAAAUAGUUUAUUUGUCAAAGAUAUGUAUUUCUCAACAUGGUACAGGGAAUGCUUAGUUUUUUAUGAAAUAAUUACAAUAUAGAAUACCGGUAAAGAGGCAUGCUGAAAACAACAGAGAAUAGCUGUAAACUAUACAGUAUAGGAAAUGCAAUUUCACUUAAUAAGGCAGGACAAUAAACAUAACUUGGGUUUGCUUGUAUAAGAUGCUUUUUAAUUUUUAAUUAGUUACUGUAUUUACAACAUGUCUGCACCAAGACCUAUCCGCUUAUUAUUCUCUUUUUGGAUAAAGGAAACCGCAUGUGUAGAAAAAAUAUGGAAAAGCAUUUAUCAGCAGCAGUACAGAGUUUUGAGUUAAUUACUAACAAGAGCACUGAGUGACUGAGUUACAAAUGUUGAACACACUGAAAAGCUAUGAUCUUUUAGGUGAUAACAUGUUGUUUUUGUUUGUUAUAUAGUGGUAGUUUUUCUUUUGCUUUAUACAGUACCUACGUCAUGUUUUAUUUGCUAUAAAAUAUUAAUAUAUUGUUUAAAAAAAGGCAGAAGGAUUAUUACCAGUUUCAUUGACUUUUGACUUCAUUAUAUGGGGAAGUCAUAGAAGGUACAAACAUGGCAUUGAAAUUUUUCAACAAUGCUUUUAUUUUUUUGCUUGAUUGGUUUUGUAGAUGUGCAUUGGUGUGAGUUUUGUGAUGAACGUAUUCAUUUAUAAAGCAGAUGAAGUAGAAUGUAAUGGUAGUUUUGUUGAUUAACAUACUUGAUUAAUAUUAUAAAUAUAUUAUAAAACAAAUGUGCAGUUUUAAUACUUAAUAAUAGUGGUACAGUAGGCAUUAAAAAGGCUCAUCUGGUAAAAGCAUGGCCGCGUGGUGUGCAGGGUGAGCCAUACAGUCAGGUGAGCGCAGGUUUGCAUGCUGACUGGCUUGUCUUCCUUGCUGGGGAUUUCACAAGGUGUUGCAUGGGCUCUGACACUGCUGUGGUUUAGGGAGGCAAAAUCGGCAGGGACCCUCACAGUUCUACAAUGGCCUCAGCUCGUAAGUUCAAGUGGAUACCUUUAGUCCAGGGGCUAGCCUUUGUCCCCCUGGGGUCCGCUGAAAGGAGCUGUUGAGCUCCUGGGUGUGAAGAGGUUAUUGGCUUGGCAGGGGGAUUGGGCACGCCCACAGACCUUCAGGCAUUGGGGAGGGGGUUAGGGUUAGGGUUAGGGUUAGUUCUGCAUUGUAUAUAGUAGACAUUGAGUAAUUAUUUGUAUUCCAAAUUCCAGAUAGGGGUGUAAGGAUACACUAAGAGCACAAUAUGAUAUAGAUCAUGAUAUGAAGGUCACAAUCUUAUGGUCCUGAUGGGCUACUUUGUAUAACAACAUCAAGUGAUCAUUAACUAUUUUGUUAAAAGAUAAAACUUAAAUGAUAUGGAAAAAUGUUAUUCAUACCAAAUAUAAAUCACAUGUAGUCAUCAUUCCAGAACCACUUGGUAGAAUGAUGGUACAUACAUGCAUACUGGAUUCUGUGGAGAUGCCAGCUGUUUUGAUUAUCUGUGUUGCUCUGCCCUGUCCAUUAACAUGUGGGAAGAGAUGGGUAACAAUCAAGUGUAUUAGAGACACUUUGUCCAGAAAUGCUUUGCUUGCUGUUCUCUAACAGCUCACACCAGGUGUGAAGUCAAAUCUACAAUAUACACUUGUGUCAACACUCGCAGGAUCAUACAUUUGAUUUCUGUCAAAACAGAGGAGAGGGCUCAAACAAGUUAUACUACUAUUAUGAUUUAUAUAUUGUAUAUGAUCAGAGUUGAAGGCAGGUUGGAGGUUUUUGACAAGCAUGGUUCCUUAAUCCUGGAGAUUGAGUGCAUCUCAAAUUUGCUACACGUGGUAUGGGGCUGCUAGAAAACCGCUAGUGGAGCUUCACUGGUAUGGGCUGUGUUAUUGUCCAAUGCUGACACUAAGAUGUAGCUUUAUAGUUUCAUCAACUUAGACCCAAAGAACACUUGUGUUAAUUUGUAGUUAAAAUAGUAAUGGUCUCAUAAUCUGCUAUAUACUGAGGAAGGAAAUGUAAAUGUUGCAAAAAUACUAAACUUGAUUUUCCCAGUUGAAAUACACAAACUUUUUUUUUUAAAUAUGACUGCUGUUUUUUUUUCUGUGUGUAUUUUCUUAGUAAAUGUUUUAAAUGUACAACUGCGUAUGUGGCAAGAGUGUAGUUUUCUAUAUUGAAGAAAACCUCCAAAUCACCAAUUAUAUUGUUCAAUGCCUCUUUGCAAAAAAGAAAAGUCCUUUCCAAUGUGCACCUCUAUUACAGGACGUCUGUGUAAUUCUUUAGGUUAUACUGCCACCUAGAGGUGGAUACACCAGGAACAUUCACAGAGUACUGUAGUUAUUCCAUGAGUUAGCCCAGGGGUGUCAAACUCCAUUCCUCGAGGGCCAACUUAAGCUCUCAAUUAACAUAAUUGAUCUAAUUAUUUGUUGAAUUUGACAUAUUUCAUAUUUUUCAACGUCUUUUACAGUUGAUUGUUUUAAAAAAUGCACUUGAUUCAAUGUACACUACCUAUGAAACACUUUGAGGCCUGAAGAAAAGUGUUAAAUGUGUCCAGUUAAUCAAAGAAUUAGAUCAAUUAAGUAAUUGAGAGCUUGUGUGGAAAGAAAGCCAGAAGACACUGCAGCCUUCCAGGAACUGAGUUUGACACCCCUGAGUUAGGCGAAUAACCCACGAGCCCCCAGAAGGGUCGAGCUGGGUCGUUUACAGCUAUUCUCAUGAGUGAAGUAACCACACACUAUGAAUGUUCAUGGAGUAUUCUGUUUAUAUAACACGUACAGUGUAUGGAAAAGAAAUCAGUGAAUUACUUUCCUUAGAUCAAGCUCUGCAUCUGUAUAUCAACAAGGCAUCAUUUGGAACACUGAUUCACCAGGUCAUUCUGUCGUUGGAUUUGAAUGAAUGCAAGAUGGAUUCCAAAAUGACAUCACUUGGGACUACCAAAUAUGAAAAAGUUAUUUGAUGCUAGAUCUCUCAACACUUGUUUUAUAAGUAUGUGUACUGCCAUUUUAAAAACCUCUUUGGGCUUGUAGGCUGUUUUAUACUGUAUAACCUAACUACUAAAACUGUGGUGCUGUUAACAAGUAUGUACAGUACAAACACGUGUAUUAGUUUUUAGUGUCCUUUCAUAGUUCUUGCACAAGAAAGCAUUAGAAGCUUAAUUGGCUCAAUUAAUUAAUGAAGAGUACAGUUGGAACAAAAACCAGGAGGACACCGGCCCUCCAGGACCAGGAUUGGACACCCCUGGUUUAGGCCAUUGUUAAAUUCUAAUUCCACCAGGUGAAUAUUUGUCGUCAGUUACCAUUUGAUUAGUUGCACUUACUCUACAUGAAAAUUGACUCUGUGGUGAUUGGUAGUGUAUUGCAGGAUAUAUAGUACCGGUAACAAUUCUAUAUACAUUACAUACAGUAUCAAAGUACCAAUCCCAUGGAGUUAAUGGGGAAGUGUAAUCUUCUAUAUCCUUUAAUACUCAAUAAGCCAACUGCUCUGUAAUUGUAAGACUAUCAAUAAAUAACUUGCAUUAUUAAUAA